AUGACUACUAGAACGAGAGUAUACUCGAUAGCCAGAGUAUACUCUGAUGUGAAUAACACCAAGCCGUCAGAAUAUUGGGAUUACGAAAACCAUAAAAUCGUAUGGGGGGAUAUAAAGAAUUACGAAAUUGUUAGUAAAAUAGGACGAGGCAAGUACUCGGAAGUGUUCCAAGGGCUAAAUGUCUUGAACGAUGAGCCGUGUGUGAUCAAAGUGUUGAAACCUGUAAAGUUGAAGAAGAUUUUUCGAGAAGUGAAAAUAUUGCAGAAUCUAACAGGCGGGCCGAAUAUUGUUGGAUUAUUGGACGUUGUUCGAGAUGAACAGUCUAAAAUACCUGCGUUGAUAUUUGAAAAAGUCAACAAUGUUGAUUUCCGGGUCUUGUAUCCGAAAUUCACAGUCAAAGAUAUUCAAUAUUAUUUCACACAACUAUUAAUUGCACUAGACUAUUCUCAUUCCAUGGGAAUAAUCCAUCGAGACGUGAAACCGCAAAAUAUUAUGAUAGAUCCAAUGAACAAAAAACUCAGAUUAAUAGAUUGGGGGUUGGCAGAGUUUUAUCAUUCAGGUAUGGAUUAUAACGUGAGAGUUGCUUCGAGAUAUCACAAGGGCCCAGAGUUGCUAAUAAAUUUGCAACAAUAUGAUUACUCGCUCGAUUUGUGGUCUGUUGGGUGUAUGUUGGGAGCAAUAAUUUUCAAAAAGGAGCCGUUAUUCAGAGGCGAUUCCAAUAACGACCAAUUAGUCCAAAUUGCAAAAGUCUUGGGAACCGAUGGGUUGAUGAGGUAUGCAAACAAAUACAGUAUAAAGUUGAGCUCGGAUUAUGAUGAUAUGUUGGAGAACUACCCCAGGAAACCUUGGAAAGCUUUUAUUAGUAACGAAAACCGACAUUUGAUAAGUGAAGAGGUUUUGGAUUUGAUAGACAAGUUACUUCAGUAUGAUCAUCAGCUUAGGCCGACAGCCAAGGAAGCCAUGAAUCAUCCCUUUUUCAAGUUGCAGUAA